AUGAGACCUCACGCGUCGACGUUUGCAGUGCUGGUGGUGCUGCUGGUCGUGGAUGGUGACGCUGACCACAAGUCAAGCCACGUCCCGAGGCACGGCGGUCAUGUCAGAGCUGCUCACUGGACCGGCAAGAUCUCCCCAGUGACGAGGGGCAAGAGCACUUGCGAAGAGCCGCUACUGGUCACUAUCAAGGCCACCAAAUGGAUCGAAUUCGACUUUGGAGACGAUGGGACGCUGGAGAAGGAAAUGAUAGCCAAGGGACUCUACGAUCCUAGAAUGGUCGGCGAGUAUGACUUGACAAUGGAUAAUCACCAGCGUAACCGCAUGUUUGUCACGACGCCUCUUGCCCGUCGCGGCAUCCCGGUGACGCUGAGCACCAUCCCCUAUGACGGAGAGCAGAGUCCGCUCCUGAAGCCCUACCCCAACCUGGAAAUCCACCACACCACGGAGGACUCCAUCACCGACUGCAACACCCAGCUGGUGGACGUCAUCAGAAUAACGAAAACAUGGGCUGAUGAUGAUACUCUGUACGCCCUCGACACCGGUGUUUUGGAUCUGACAACGAAGCCCAAAAACGUGUGUCCACCCAAAAUUGUCAUUUUCGACCUACGGACUGAUGAGGUCAUCAAUUCCAUAGCAAUUCACAACGCAGCCUGCAACUCAUUGUACACCUAUUUGUGGGUGGACGCAUGUCCAGAAGACAGCUUGACGGCCUACAGCUCUGACACGAGAGGCAACUUACUGUCGGUGACGGACCUCGCCACUGGAGCCUCCAAACACCUGCAGAGCCAGUACUUCCACCCCAAGCCCGGCUUCUUCUUCCCGAAGGCGGGAGGUCCUGCCUACUACAUGCCGGACGGCAUCAAUGGAGCGACGGCCGACGAGAGCUGCGAUGGGAAACUCUACUUCCAGGCGUUCGCCAGCAACAUCCAGGGCGUUGUCGACAAGCAGGUCAUCCGAGAUGCACGCGACGGGGAUGUUUUGGACAUCAAGACGCAGGUUGAUCUGCCAGGAGAAUUACCUGGGCAGAGUGGAGUAAUGGCAGUGGAUCCGAAGGGGCAGUUGCUAUUCUUCCCUGUGCUGGAUGAACUGGCCAUCUACUGUUGGAACACAAGCAAGCCUCACGACCGCAAGAACUUCCGCUUGGUCGUUGAAGAUGAUGAACAUCUACUUUUCAAAACAUGGGCUGAUGAUGAUACGCUAUACGCCCUCGAUAACGGUGCUUUGGACCUGACAACGAGUCCCAAAAAUGUGUGUCCACCAAAAAUUGUCAUCUUCGACCUGAGGACUGAUGAGGUCAUCAACUCCAUAGUCAUCCAGAACACAGCCUGCAACGCAUUGUACACUUAUUUGUGGGUGGACGCGUGCCCGGAUGGUUGCCUGACGGCCUACAGCUCCGACACCAGAGGCAACGUACUGUCGGUGACGGACCUCUCCACUGGAGCCUCCAAACACCUGCAGAGCCAGUACUUCCACCCCAAGCCCGGCUUCUUCUUCACUAAGGCGGGAGGUCCAGCCUACUACAUGCCGGACGGCAUCAAUGGAGCGACGGCCGAUGAGAGCUGCGAUGGCAAACUCUACUUCCAGGCGUUCGCCAGCAACAUCCAGGGCGUUGUCGACAAGCAGGUCAUCCGAGAUGCAUGCGACGGGGAUAUUUUGGACAUCAAGACGCAGGUUGAUCUGCCAGGAGAAAUAUCUGGGCCGAGCGGAGUAAUAGCGGUGGAUCCGAAGGGACAGUUGCUAUUCUUCCCUGUGCUAGAUGAACUGGCCAUCUACUGCUGGAAUACGAGCAAGCCUCACGACCAAAAGAACUUCCGAUUGAUCAUUAAAGACGAUGAAAAUCUACAGUUUGUCAGCAGCAUCAACAUAGACCAUGAAAAACAAGGACUAUAUAUAAUGAGCGAUCGAUUAACAUCCUAUCUAUCAAAUACCACCAACUGCUCUGAUGACAACUUCCAGAUUUUGUAUAUUGACAUCAAGAAUAUAGAAUGUGUGCUAAAAAUCAGAGGAGCGUGUGUCAAGAUGGUUCUUUCGACUCUUGAAAGGAGCCUCCCAGAAGAAAGGCUGUGGAUCAAAGGAAGUCGUCUUGGAUACCGAAGGACGUCAACAGACAGUGAAGGUGAUCUGCCAGGAGAAUUGCCUGGGCAGGGUGGAGCAAUGACAGUGGAUCCGAAGGGGCAGUUGCUAUUCUUCCCCGUGUUAGAUGAACUGGCCAUCUACUGCUGGAAUACGAGCAAGCCUCACGACCCAAGGAACUUCCGCAUGAUAUUUCAAGACGAUGAACGUCUACAAUUUGUCAGCAGCAUCAAAAUAGAUCCCAAUACACAAGGAUUGUCAAAACUUCUAAUAUUUUUCUUACUCAGAAUAGCAGGUGUACUACUACAUGGUGGUGCGAGCUGGGAAAGUGAUUUUAUUCGGCUAAAAGACACCAAAGUUACUGGAGGCCUACCUGUUGAUGGGUCUGUGAACAAGAACAUUGAUGAAUAUAGCUCUCGAUUUGACGUGUUCUUCAUUGAGUCUGGAAUAUGCUUCCUGUUUGACUGGAGAGUUCCUACUGUAGUAACUUUGUAG